AUGUCAACCUCGAACGGACGCGUGACCAUUCCGCUCUCGGCCUACUACAUGAGAACAAUUAUAACUCUCGUCAUGAAACUGACGUUGGCAUUUCUUGCGUUGGUCGCCGCGCUCUGCGUAGCAGAGCCUGGCGGUGGCUAUGGACACGACAACGCCAUUUACAUCAACCAUGCCCACUACAAGAGCCACGGCUAUGGCCACGGCGGGUACGGUGGCCACAAAAGCUUUGGCGGAAGUGGCCAUUCAUUCUCCAAUUUCAACUUGAAGAGUCACGGAGGCUAUAGCUUUGGUGGCCCUGGAAACUCUGGUCUUCAUGGUGUCCAUGGGCAUGGUGGGUACGGCCACUAGAUGCCCAUGUCAAGUUUGCCAUAAUUCUUAUGGCCACGGCUCUAGAGGUCUCGAACGUCGAGGGUUUCGCUAAGGGCACGGCCGUUGUGGACAAGGACAUCAGGAGAUCAACAUUAGACUUGGAGUGCUCUCUGCAGCUGUGGUCAUGACUGUGUUGCGAUAUUUUCGAAUAAACUUGAAAAUCUAA